AUGGAUCUGUUUGGAGAUAUCAACGACAUUUCCUCAGGCAGCGACGAGGACCAGCGAGGACCCAGUCCCAGACAGCCCGCCGGCAGAGGUGGAGAGCCUCCGAACCAAUGCGUGGGACGGCGGAUUUCCGAGACCAGGAUAAAAAUAGAAAUUCCCAGCAUCACCUCCGAUUUGGGAAAUGAACUGUUUUUUGUUAAGCUACCCAAAUUUCUCAGGAUAGAACCCAAACCCUUUGAUCCUCAGCUGUAUGAAGAUGAAUGUGGAAAUGAGAAAGUGCUUUAUGAGGAAGACAAAACUAGGUUAAAAAUAAAGGUGGAAAAUACUAUCCGCUGGAGGGUAUGCCAGGAUGAAGAAGGUUAUAAAGUUAAAGAAAGCAACACUCGGGUAGUCAAGUGGUCAGAUGGAAGCAUGUCCCUGCACAUAGGCAAUGAAGUGUUCGAUGUCCACAAGGUCCCACUGCAGGACAGUCACAACCAGCUGUUUGUACGGGAAGACACCGGUCUCCGAGGACAGGCCAUCUUUAAUUCCAGACUUACCUUUAGACCUCACUGUACAGACAGUGCCUCGUAUAAAAAGAUGACCCUUUCGUUCGGAAACAGAAGUCCAAAGACACAGAUUAGAAUCUUGCCGAUGGCUGGUCGUGAUCCUGAGUGUUCACGCGCGGACUUGAUCAAGGUACAGAAAAGAGAAUGCCUGCGAGCGUCUAUUCGCCGGAGUGUCCGUCUGCCGAGGAAGAAGUGGGGUCCAGCUCCAAGUUUCACUAUCCGGGAGCCCGAUGAUGAUGACAAGGAAGAAAAGUGGGGAGAGAAAGAAGAGAAGGCAGAAGAUGAGGAAGGCCAAGCCUCCGGCCUGGUUACCACUAAAAACCAUGGCCAGGGAGCAGCCCACAAGAAACGAGCUGUGUCUUUCUCAUAUUGCAAUCACGAGGGAUCUGAAGACGAUAAAGCCAGAGGAUUACUCAAAGCAAAGAAACCCGUGAUGGACAGAGAUCCAGAAGGUGAACAAACGCACACCAUCCUCUGCGUCACCCAGAGGACAGGGGCCAUCAGUGCCACAGAUGGAGAGGCCCCAGAGUGCAGGCUGGACGCCGUCACAGGAAGCCAGACUAUGGCAUUGGCACUCGGGGAUGGAGACCUUAAGGACACCGAGCAUUCUGUGAAGUGUGUGGAGCGGCUCAGCCUGCUCAACCAGCCCGUGUGCACGUACCUGUAUUUUCUUAAUAACCAAAGUCAAGACACCUGA